UUCGGUUCCGCAGUUAGCAGGUCGCUCUAGAGCUAGCACGCGGCUAAGCGCACCAGCUCUAUGAUACUAACAUCGAUAGUUUGACAAAAUGAAGUUCAAUAAACUAUUAUUGUUGGCCCUCAGUGCCAUGGUCAAUGGAGUGCUCACACUUAACAUUUUAGCAGUGUUUCCGUACCAAGGAAAAAGUCAUUUUUUCGUUUUCCACUCAUAUCUCAAAGAAUUAGCGAGAAGAGGACACAAUUUGACAGUGAUCUCGUACUUCCCGCAGGAAAAACCGAUAGAAAACUAUCAUGACAUCAGUCUAGCUGGCAAAGCAAAAAUAUUGGAAGACGUUUUCCCUAUAUACAGAUCGUAUUGGGGGAUGAUACAAGUAAGUCUGUUUGUGACUAACUCUGGAACAGAGAACUGUAAGGUUUUGCUAGCUGAUGAAAACGUACAAAACUUAUGGAAAAAUAAAGUAAAAUUCGAUCUAGUGGUUGUGGAAAUGUUCAACAGUGAUUGUACGUUGGGACUUGCCCACGCCCUGGGCGCACCGGUGGUCGGUCUCACGUCCUGCAACUUAAUGCCGUGGCACUACAAGCCUUUCGGGAUCCAGUACAAUCCUGCUUACGUGUCAUUCAUGUUCUCGGAAGGAGGCACAAAGCCAACAUUAUAUCAGAGGAUCGAAAGAACCAUAUUCCAGACUUACCUUACCACUUUGUACAAGUAUAACAGCCAGAGAGUCGACCAACGCACAUUGGCACAAUAUUUCGACAAUGUUCCCCCGCUAGAAGAAUUGAGUCGUGAUAUAAAGUUUGUGCUGCUGUACUCACAUUUCGUGCUCACUGGUCCCAAUCUCUACCCACCUAAUGUACAGGAAGUGGGUGGUUACCACGUGGCUGAAGCGAAGCCGUUGCGUGAGGACUUAAAGAAAUUCAUCGAGGAAUCCGAACACGGUGUAAUAUAUAUAAGUUUUGGAUCGAUGUUACGAGCUACUUCUACGCCUAAAGAUAAAUUGGAGGCCAUCAUCGGCGCUAUAUCAGAAUUACCGCAGAGAGUCAUUUGGAAGUGGGAGGAAAAAACCCUGCCAGGGAACCCGAAAAAUAUAUUCUUAUCGAACUGGUUGCCACAGAACGAUAUACUUGCGCACCCAAAAGUUCUGGCGUUUUACUCCCACUGUGGAAUGUUGGGAACUACAGAGGCGAUGUACCAUGGCGUGCCAAUGGUCGGUAUGCCAGUGUUCGGAGACCAACCGUUAAACGCUGCUGCCGUAGAAGAAAGUGGGCUGGGCGUACAAAUUCAAGUCAAAGACCUGACCAAAGAGAGCUUAUUGGAGAAGUUCAGGACUGUUUUGGAUCCUGCGUUUAGGAGUAAGGUGAAGGAGCUGUCUAAACUGUGGAAGGAUCGUCCACAGUCAGCAAUGGAUAGUGCCAUUUACUGGACAGAGUUCGCCGCGCGCAGCAAAAAAUACACUUUCAGGUCGCCGGCAAGCACCGUUCCCUUAUAUCAAUAUCUUUAUUUAGACGUAUUUGCAGUUUUAGGAGGACUCUUAUUCGUUAUAAUUAAUAUUCUAAAAACAAUAAUUCCAAUGCUCUUCCAAAAUUCCCAAAAAACAAAACUGAAAAGUAAAUGAAUGAAAAUUAUGUUAAUUUAAUUUUUUGCUAGGUUUGUAGGAAUGUGUUUUAACGGUGUUUUACCACUGUGAUAAAUAAAAUAUUUAUUGUUGUUAA